AUGGCCGCCACUACGCCGUCCUCCUCGAGCACUGACACAACGACGCCAUGGGGGGCUCCGUCGAGCACGACGUCGUCCUCUGCCCUACCUAGUCAGGAACCGACCACACCAGCCUUGACGAGCGCCGCAGCGACAUCCUCAUCAAUCUCAGCAGUGUUAACCACUACAUCUACGCCAAGUUCUCACUCAACUCCAUCGCAGAUCACCUCUGUCACACCCUCCAGCAUCUCUCUCAGCUCGAGCAGCACAGUCGCCAACGCCACUGCGUCAAGCACUGCGAGUGCCCAUAGUACCCAGAGUAGUCUACCUACUCCGUCGCCAAGCAAUGUGAGCACCGGCGCUCUAGCUGGUGCGAUCGUCGGCAGCAUCAUCGGCACCGCCGCACUCACAAUCCUGGGUGCAUUUCUCUUCUUCCGUCGGCGUAGAAAAGGCGCAGGCGCGGGGCGUUCAGAGCAGUAUCCCGAAGAGAAACCACCGCAACAUCCACCACUGCCUCUAGGAGCAUCUGCAUCCUCCCAUUAUACUCCUCAACCUGCCGAUGAUGAGACAGUACGCGCGCGGAUCCUCACGCUCUUCGACCAUGCCAGUCUCCACGUCGAUAACUACUACUCUUCUGGAGCGUCAUCUAAUCCGCAUGACUCGACUACGUCUCUGGCAAGCUACGAGUCCCCGUACCUGCCGUCACCCAUCGCAACCUUGCUGGCUAAACCAGGCAGACAGCGCGGUGUCCUCACGCAUGUCCUUGUUCGGGAAUUACUACAGCAGAUCACCCCCAGGCCAGGAAAGGGGGGACUCCUGCCUGCAUGUUACGCGGCAUGUCCGCAGAUCGCGAAUCAAACACCAGAGACAGACCAAGUGCUAUUUAAGUGGCGUAUGCUGACAGCGUACCUCUACCAGCAUCAGCAGGCCGCUCGUGACGUGGACGACCAUGCUAUCGACAGGCUUGCAGAGAGAUUUGUCGACACUUUCGCUGGCUAUGCCAAUCCCGCGCAUACCAGGGCAGAGCGCGUCCAGCAUUUAAAGUCCGUAGCCUCCGCCGCGGCGGAAUUGGGUCGGUGGCUGUUCGCGCAGCCCUGUGCGUUUGAGUUCCUCUGGGAUUAUCCAGGGAAACAGGGGAUGGUGAUCACGCCGAGGGUCGUCAAGAUCUGCGAUGAACAGGGACGGCGGCUGUCGGUGCCACAGGUCAUGGCACAGGGUACAUCGCUGUAA